UUUUGAAAUAUAAUAAAAGUGUAGAACUGUUCAUUACUAAAAUGUGUGAAAAAGAUGUCGAAAAUUUGUCUUACACACAACUUUCUUCUUCAAUAAAUCCUAGCUUCUGGAAUAAAUUUACAGAAUUAAAAUUAGAUGUAGACAAAUUGAAUGAAAAAGAACAUGAAAUAUGGGGUUAUUGUAGCAUGGUUUGUCGUAAAGAGUGUAAUGCAUCAAUUUUGGAAGUAGAUAGCACUUCAUUUAAUGAAAAAUUUAAUGGACAAAAUUCAUAUAUACCUUUUCAUGGUUCUUUAAUAAACAAAAAUACCUUAGAACAAUUUAAAGAAUGUAAUAAAAUAGAUAUAAUAAAUGAAGCGGGCAAAAUUGUGUUGGAAAGAAUUAAAAAUGAGAGUGUCUUAUGCAAUCCAUCUAUAUUGAAUUCAUUUUUGGUACUUUCUUUUGCUGAUUUAAAAAAAUACCAUUAUUAUUACUGGUUUGCAUUCCCAGUACCAAGAGGUUUAAUGGUAGAGAAAAAUUCAUUAUGCAGUAUUACCGAAGAAUUUUCUGAAGCUGAGGUGCAAUUCUUGUGUACAGAGUUUAAAAAACUUGAUGACAUCCAAAAGACUUACUUUUUGGUAGAAAGUAUUCAAAAUGGUAUAAAACUACACUGUUUGCAAAGUCAAGUGAAAAAAAUAAAUUUAGAAAAUAAAAAACAAUUCUAUUUUGCCUUUUAUAAUAUUUCUGCUCCAUAUGCAGAAGUAGGAUCACAGCUGAAGAAUUAUAUCACUAUGGUUUUGCAUUACUGUCCAUUUUUACAGGGCCAAGUUGCAAAUUUUAUAGCACUUCACUUGAGUCGUACAAAUGAUUUUUCAAUCACUUGCCACAAAAGUAUUAUUUACAAAUUGAAACUGCCUUCCUUAGAGAAAAAUUAUACUUGGGUAGGAUGGGAGAAAAAUGAGCGAGAUAAAAUGGGGCCUCGAUUGGCUAAUUUGAAAAAUACUCUAGACCCUUACGUAAUUGCUGAAAAUUCUAUAGAUUUAAAUCUGAAGCUUAUGAAAUGGAGAAUUUUACCUGAUAUUAACCUUGAGAAAGUUAAAGAAACAAAAUGUCUUAUAUUGGGAUCAGGGACUUUAGGAUGUUCUGUCGCAAGAAUACUGCUUGCAUGGGGCGUAAGAACGAUUACUUUUGUGGAUAAUUCUACAGUUUCAUUUUCCAAUCCUGUGCGCCAAAGUUUAUUUACCUAUCUAGAUUCAGUUAAAAUGAAACCAAAAGCGUUAGCAGCUGCUGACAAUUUAAGAACAAUAUUUCCUGGAGUAAAAACAGAAGGAGUUCAGUUAGCUAUUCCAAUGCCAGGUCAUACUAUUGGAGACAGUUUGACAGAGCAAACAGUAGAAAAUGUAAAUAAGUUGAAAGUAUUAAUUGAUACUCAUGAUAUGAUCUUUUUAUUGAUGGAUUCAAGAGAGAGUAGAUGGUUACCUACGUUAUUAGCGAACUCAGCCAACAAGAUUGUUAUCAAUGCAGCCCUAGGGUUUGAUACUUAUUUAGUAAUGCGACAUGGGAUUAGGGAUGAGAAUAACGAAAUGUCUGGACCAAUUAACAGCCUUGAAGGUUAUAAAUGUAUAAAAGGCACUGAAUUGGGUUGUUACUUUUGUAAUGAUGUCACAGCACCAGGAAAUACACUGAAAGAUAGAACAUUAGACCAACAGUGCACUGUAACCAGACCGGGUGUCUCGCAUAUUGCUGGUGCUCUGGCAGUUGAAUUAGCUAUUUCUGUUUUACAACAUAAAGAUGGUGCAAGAGCCCCUGCUUUUUAUAAAUCAUCGCAAAAUCCACCUGUACAGGAUUUGAACCCAGAUAACGAGUGUCUAUUAGGACUUAUCCCUCAUACGAUAAGAGGCUUUUUAUCAUCGUUUGAACAAAUAUUACCUGCAACUGAGAAGUACAAGCAUUGCGUAGCAUGCUCCGACAUGGUCUUAAAAGAAUAUAGCGAAAAUGGUAUGGAUUUUCUGUUGAAAGUUUUUAAUAGCUCAAAACAUUUAGAGGAUGUCACAAAAUUAACUGAAAUGUUCAAAGAGAUAGACUUCGGAGAUGUUUUGGAAUUCAGUGAUGAAGAUUUUCAAUAAAUAAAUGUAUUAAUUUUCCAACUCCAGCAUAUUUAUUAAAGAUGAAUAUUUGCUUUAUGUGUAUCUUUCAUGAAACCAUAAAUUUUAGGUGUUUUAGGAUGGGCAUAAUGCAUUUUUGUAUAUAUUUUAAAAUUGUAUUUAAU